GCCAGAGGUCCCAGCCAAGGCCCUGACAUGCAGCAGCUGCUCCUGCUGCUGCUCCUGCUGAGGGCAGGGGGCCAGGCCGACAGGCCAGGGCACCAGGUGGAGCCCCGAGGAGGGAUUCAGCUCAAAGUUCCACAGCACCAGCUGAAGGUACAGGAGUCGGUGACGGUACAGGAGGGCCUAUGCACUCUGGUGUCCUGCUCUGUCCACUACUCCCAGGUGGGCUGGAACUACUCUGUGCCUGCCUAUGGCUACUGGUACCGGAGAAAGAAAAGUUCUGGUUUCAGCGCAGACCCCAGUGCUCUUGUGGCCACCAACAACCCGGACAGAAGAAUGGCAACGAUUACCCAAACUACUGCUUUCCACCUUAUUGGGGACCCAGGAGCUAAUGACUGCUCCCUGAGAAUCUCAGGAGCCCAGAUGGGCGACAGUGGACGCUACUAUUUUCGCCUGGAGAGAGGAGAUGAGAAAUUCACCUACAAAAAUCCCCUUCUCAUGGUGACUGUGACAGCGCUGACACAGAUCCCCGACAUCAACAUCAAGGAACCCCUGGAGGCAGGCCGCCUCAGCCACCUGAGGUGCUCCAUGCCUGGGACCUGUGAGGGGGCCCUGGCCCCUAACAUCUCCUGGCAUGGGUUGGCCUUGAAGGCCCACAGCUCCCAGAAUAUCACAGUUAUUCCCCGGCCCCAGGAUCAUGGCUCCAACAUCACGUGUCGGGUGAUCCUUCCCAGCACUGGGGUGUCUAGAGAACGGACUGUGCAGCUCAGUGUGUUCUAUGCUCCUCAGACGGUGACCAUCAGCAGCAGUGGAGGAGGUGACACAGAGUCCCAAGGUAACACGACAUGCAUGGAUGUCCGCAAAGGCCAGUUUCUACGGCUGCUCUGCACUGCAGCUGGCCAGCCUCCCCCAACACUGACCUGGGUCCUUGGGAACCGAGUUCUCUCGAGAUCAAAUGUCACCGACCCUGGAACCCUGGGGCUGGACCUGCCUGAGGUGGAGGUCAGGGAUGCGGGGCGCUACACCUGCCACGCGGAGAACAGACUAGGCUCCCAGCACCGUGCCCUGGACCUCUCUGUGCAGUACCCUCCGGAGGCGCUGACAGUGACCGCUUCUCAAGGAAACAGCACAGAGCUGGAAAUCCACAGGAACGGCUCGUCCCUCCAUGUCCUGCAGGGACAAAGCCUGCGCCUGGUCUGUGUCACCCACAGUUACCCAUCGGCCACGCUGAGCUGGGCCCGGGGUUCCCAGACGCUGAGCCCCACCUGGCCCGCAGAGCCUGGGGUGCUGGAGCUGCCCGUGGUUGAGGCAGAACAUGAAGGAGAAUUCACCUGCCGGGCGCAGAACCCACUGGGCGCCCUGCACAUCUCCCUGAGCCUCUCUGUGCACUGGAAGGCAACUGCGACCAGGAUGUUCACCCUUGGGACUGUGUGUGGAGCUGGCGGGGCUGCCAUGCUGUUUCUCUGUGCCACCCUCGUCUUCUGUCGGAUGAAGACCCGCAGGACGGAAGCUACCAGCCCACCCGCUACUGUGACAGUUGCCUGCUCCACCCCAAGAACCACCUGGAAGAGUCACAUGAAGGAAUCCAGGCUAGCCUUCCCACCACCUGCUGUGGCCAGGCCCACCAAGGAGGAGGAAGAGCUAGACAUCCAUUAUGCUUCCCUCAGCUUCUCUAGGCUGAAGCCUGCAGAGGCUUGGGACUCCAGUGCCUCCACCAACACGGAGUAUGCGGAGAUCAAGAUCCACAAGUGAGAGGCUGGGAAGGUGGCUCAGUGGUAGAGUGCUUGCCUUGCAUGCAUGAGGCCCUGGGUUUGAUUCCUCAGC